CUUCUCCUGUGACCCAUGGGCAUGGCGUCGCCGUCGCCGUCGCCCCUUCAACUUCGACAUGCAUGCUCCUCAGCCCCCAAAAGCAGAAGCCACGACCGCCUCCCCCGAUCUCCCAUGGCGUCGCGACUCUCCAACUCCGACGACGAGCUGCCUCCUCCGUUUCGAGCAAGACCUCCUCAACUUCGUGCUCACCAAAAUGGUUCCUGAAGGGCUUGGAGAGCAUGUUACAUCAUCCAAGAAAGCACAAGCUAAAUGGUAUAGGAAUAUCUCUGAAGCUUAUGUAAAAACAGAACCCCCUCCUAGAACAUUGGCAGAGGCUGCCAUGCUAGUUGCUACAGCUCUGGGCAGGAUCCAGGGAGCUAAUUUGGAGGGUGUCCUUGCCUACUAUGGCUUCCCGAUUCCAACGCCCCCUGUAGUCACCACAGAGCACCAUCCAGCAUCACUACCAGACGGCGUGCAGUUCGUCCUGAAAACUUUGCCGAUUUAUGCAAAGUGCAUUGGAGAUGGUGAUGGCUUUACUGCUUAUGUUGACACAGCAGAUCCAACGGAAUCAGCAAAUGUGCCACAGGAAGUGCGUGAGGCUGUCAAUGCAAUGUCACAAACACCCAAGCAUAGGAACAGCCAACAGAAAAGUGUACUCCAAAGUAAACUGAACAAAGCUGGUUAUAGGAUAAUAUAUACUUCAAAAGAUGAGAUCCUUGCAAGGCAAUACCGCUUCAGAUUGAGGGGCAUUGAUGCACCGGAGAUGGGAAUGCAAUAUGGGAAGGAGUCCCUGAAUGCGCUGGUGAACCUUAUCGCUGGCAAAAGUGUCAUGGUUUACGUAUAUGGGCAGGACCAGUAUGAUCGCUGUGUUGGAGAUAUCUAUUGUGAUGGUGUGUUCAUCCAGGAACAAAUGCUGAAGGAGGGUCAUGCAUGGCAUUACAAGAUUUACGACAAACGCAAAGAAUUUGCAAAAUGGGAGAUGAAAGCACGAGAUGCACGCCGAGGGCUUUGGGCAUCUGAUAACCCUGAGAAACCAUGGGAUUGGAAAAGGAAGCACAAUGUGAGACACGAGACAUCUGAUAACCUUGAUAAGACAUGGGAAUGGAGACGGAAACCGCACAAUGCAAGACACCAGAACACCCCAAUUCAGGUGACAUUGUGUACCUGA